AUGAAACCAAAUCAAGAUUCAUCUAUCCUUCAAGAAACAAAUAAUAUUGAACAAGCUACUUCUCAUAUUUCUACUUGUUCAUCAAACGAAAGUAAGGCACAGUACAAUAUAAAUCAAGUUCAACUCUCAGAUACUAUUAGAACUCCAAGCUUACCAAAUACCAUUGAAUCGACUAUCAACACAGCGUAA